UUCGUUUUGCGCUCGCAGCUUGUUUAGUAGCAGUUACAGGUAGCUGCAGUUGCUCGUGAGACGCCUCUUCAACUUUGUUCGCAUACGAAUGGAAGACGAAGUGGAAGUACCAAUUUCGCUGUCUGCUAUUUACCAAUUUGUCGGCAAGAGUCCAGAGGAUUCAGCACGAUCCUUACAGGAAGGCGAACAAGUUUACAACGCUGGCCAUGUAGUGGAAUGCAGCGUGGCCGACGAAACUAGCGCAAUGUGGACGCUGUCUGCAUUUGUGUUGCAAACGACUGCACCUUUUAGCGACCCUCACCGUUUAACCCUGGAUGUUGCGAAGACCGGCGGUGUUAACGAUGCCUUGUGUACAUGUCGUGCCGGGAACUUUCUCUGCAAACACAUGGUGGCAGUUCUACUACAUGUGCGCUCAAAUAGCCACAUUCAUCGCUUAUCUCAAACAGACAAACCACAAAUGUGGGGUAAAGAACAGAGGAAAGCAGUGAAGGAGAAGUACUGCCCAACGCGUUUUGUCAACCUUCCAUGUACAAAGCAGGUACGACAACAUCCACUCCUGACAAGGUUGCAGAGGAGAGCCACGCUGGGAGCUCUCCACAAAAUCUGUUGGGUGCUCUCCAGCGACUGCUACAGCUCAAGCCAGAGACGACCAACGAGCAGCUGUACAAUGCUCUGGUCGAAUUCUACUCAUUAGAAGACAUCCAUCGCAUUGAGUCAGUCACCAGGGGGCAGAGCAAAUGUAGUGAAUGGAGAAUGUACAGAGUGGGUAUGAUCACUGCCUCUGUUUCCUACCGUGUGUACACCAGGGUAAAGACAUUGCAAACACAGAUGGGACCUCAUGAUGUGCGCCCCCUGCUAAGGGCUGUAAUGCAUUCUAACGAAAAACAUACUCGAGCAAUGAAGGAGGGACUGAGAAUGGAGGGGGAAGCCAAGGCUGCUUAUGCAAUCCUUCGAGAAGACCACCAAAAAUUCAAGCUUCAGGAGUGUGGGUUAUUAAUCAAAGCUGACCUACCAUUCAUCGGUGCAACCCCUGAUGCCAUAGCACAGUGUGAAUGUUGUGGAAAUCUUGUACUAGAAGUAAAGUGUCCUCAAAACAUUGAAAAUUUCAUGAAAAGCGAAUUGAAGAAGGAGGGUAACGAGCACCACCUCAAAAAGACAAGCCGUUACUAUGGACAGACACAAGUACAGAUGGGUGUGUCCCAGCUUAAGGAGGCACAUCUGUUUGUUUAUGAGGGUGCACAGCGGAUGCUAGUUGUUACUGUGGACUUUGACCCAGACUUUUUCCAGAUAUUUUUAGAGAGGAGCACAUAUUUCUUUAAAACUUAUGUCCUGCCCGGAAUGCGAGACACCACUUGUUUCUGAUAAGGAAGCAGAGUGUCAGUCAUAACCUUGUUUGAGUUAUUUAAUAGCACAGUGUGAUACCCAGCACAACAGUAAGCAAGUGCAACACGCAAUGAGACUACAUCUAGUCAAUGAGAAUCUGCAAUUUAUUAUGCUACACUGUGUAAUCCUACUAGUCAUAUGAACAAUACAGCAUAAAUCUCUAGAAACGAGCGCACACUUAAAAACAGUUGUUGCCAGUGUCUUGACAUCACCAAAUCAUUAUUUAAUUCAUCAUUAAAUAUUCAGAUACUGCAAGUUUACAAAUCAACACUUCACAGCAACCAUUAGUAGACCCGAAAUCACUCUACAGAAAUGAUAGACUAAGGGAGGCCAUGGGAAGGAAACUUCUACAUAGCUUAAAUGCUCUGCUGAGGUUACUGAAUGUUACACUUUUUUUUAAAACUAACUUUCAAUGCUGCUUUGAGUGUCUUGUAUGUAGUUGUUAUUAUGUUUCCAGAGCUGCUUUCACGAACAUGUUCAGACGUAUUAAAAGGACGGUCACACUAGGCAAUCCAGUUAUGAAAUUGAUACCACUAUGUUCACUCUCGGCUUACAUUAGACUAACUUUUUCAUUAGAAAUAUGCUUAGAUAUUAAAUGAACUAAUUUUAAAGAUCAGCGUUGCUUCUGUCACAUCAUAAUUUCCAGCAAUGUGACAUGAAACUCACAGUCACAAUCAUGAUAAUGCGUGAGCUCAGCCACAGGCUACAAAGUCACGUGAAGGUCGGCAUGGCGUAUUGCUGAGCUAAAUCAUACGGCAUAUUAGCGCACUCAUAGGAUAGCAUCACACAUGCAACCAGAGCAUGUUACUUUGUCGAUCUCUGGUCACAGGGGUGAUGAAUCUGGUGAGUGCACUAAUAUGUGGC